CUAAUUAAUCUAUUUAUCUGUACUUCCCUGUUUUCCCACUCUUCUGAAUUUUCUAUACUUGAGAUAUAGUUUGUUAGCUCACUUCUCACUUGAAUCUAUCUGUCUGUAUUGAUGUUAUACAGGAACAGCCUUUCUCCCAUAUGGAAGUUUGGCUUAACGUGGAUUAAAGAAAAGGUUUUUUAGCCUCUACUGAUUCGGAAACUUGGUUCCGCCACUGCUUCGGUGUGUGUAACAAACAGGUAAGACAUCGACCUGCAUAUUGUAUAAGAUGACUAUUUAGGCUCAAGUCACUCAACCAUCAAAGUGAAAAGAAAAGGAAUAUUGGAAAAAAUUGAUGUCACGGGUUGAAGUUUUGUUUUGAUUAACCUGAUAAAAAUGUAUGGAUGGCAUUGGGCGUAUCAAUGGGAGAAACCAAACAGUAGUGGGACCUGGAACAAGGCACAGAGCAAUAUAAGCAAGUUCACGGGUGUCACAAACACUAUAUAAAUAUAGUCACAAACAAAACUUCUCAAUCAACCUGUGAAUACUACUUGUUAGAAAUUCAAACUUUUCAGUUUCUAGUCUGCCUCUACAGGAAAUCUCUCUCUGCUAUUCUCAUCCACAAUUUAGAUUCAUCGCAUCACAUUCAGCAUUCGUAUUUCACUCUUUUCCAGUUUUACUGUGACUACGCGAGACUCUGAUGCUGUUACUCCGAGAUCGUUUCAAAAUACAUGUCCACUUUUGAUCGUAUCAAUAGUUGUGAACCAAAUGUGAGGCCUAGGUUAAUAACAACCAAUAAUAUUGUUAUGUGCUAGUUAGCUAGUAUGUGGACCAUUGAUGGUUUAACAGUAACUAGCUAUCUUCAUUUGUAGUUUUAAUUUUGUAGCAUUCUGUCUAGUCUUCAUGUGAUCAGCCAAGUCACAUCUCUGAAUAAAGAGUAAUAUAAAUUCUAUUUACCAACUAAUCUAGUUUCAACCACAUAUAAAUAGGAUUCUAAUUGAAGAUGAUGGACAUGAUAAUUGGAGUGUAACAAAAGUCAGUGAUGAGGAAUGAUUGUAUAAACAAAGCAAUGCAUGGGAUUAUUCAAACCUAAAACAACAAAUUCUUGUACUUCUUGAGCUGCUCUUACAGCCACUAGUUUAAGAUAAAUAUAUGGGUAGAGCCCGUGAAGUUCACUGUGUGCUUAGGAAUUUAGGAUCUUUUUCACUUUAUCAACUGUUCAAGACAAAUUAAGACGUUAUCUUCUUGUCGACAGUUCGGCUGAAUUUUAAAUAUCAAUCACUUCCGUCGAAAAAUUUUCAUGCAUGCUCAGCUAAAUUUUAAAUAUCGAUGACUUUCGUCGAGAAAUUUAGUUCAGCUAAAUAUUAAAUAUCGAUGGCUUCGGUUAAGAUAUUUACAUGCAUGACUCGACGAUCGAGCCUACAUUAUUUGUUACCUGAAAAAUCAUAUAGGUUUAUUAUAUAUGGAUAUUGGGAUAGUCUUACAUUUGCAGAGUUUGCAUAAAUCCCGUGAAAUAUAUAGAUACGAAUUUCCAUGGCCUAGAAAGGAGGGAUCUUACUUGGCAAAAACAAAAUGUUCGUGAACUCUUUCACAACUGGGGGACAUAAUGGUCACGUUAACAUAUUAUUUUAAUCGCAUGCAAUGGCAUUGAAUAUAUAUGAGCUACUAGCCAUACAAAACUACACAGAGAGAAACAAACUAGUACUGCUAGUACCCAGCUCAAGAAGCCAAAAAACAAGUGAGAAAUAUUAAUAGAUCGAGGUCAUUGAUUCUUCUUUUCUUCUUCUUCUUUUCGAUGAAGAAAUUACAAGGUUGUGAUAUUGAAGCCAUUGGCAUCAAUUACACGAUUCGUAGCCAGAAUCGAAACCAGAACCUGAACGAGAACCAGACACUUAAAGUGAUCACUAGCAAAGAAGGUAAGCAUGAGUUGCAAGUUCUUCAACUUGAAGAACAAACAUUACCUAAGGGUGGUCAUCAUGAAAAUGCAACAAACCCUAGCUUUCGCCAUGUCCUCAAAGAUGUCACUUGUCGUGCCAAGCCGUGGGAGAUCCUCGCCAUUGUGGGGCCAAGCGGCGCUGGAAAGUCAUCGUUGCUCGAGAUCCUGGCUGGAAAACUGAACCCUCAGAGUGGUUCCAUCUUUGUCAAUCAGAAGCCUGUUGAGAAAGCAAGGUUCAAGAAGCUAUCAGGCUAUGUUACACAGAAGGAUAUUCUGUUCCCACUCCUCACUGUUGAAGAAACCCUAAUGUUCAGUGCAAAACUCCGGUUAAGGCUUCCGGAGUCUGAGCUGAGAUCAAGAGUGAAGUCACUGAUCCAAGAGCUAGGGCUGUGCCACGUGGCCGGAUCACGCGUUGGGGAUGACCGGAUCCGAGGGAUUUCAGGAGGUGAAAGACGGCGAGUUUCCAUUGGUGUUGAAGUCAUACAUGAUCCAAAAGUACUAAUUCUUGAUGAACCUACAUCAGGCCUGGACAGUAACUCCGCGUUACAAAUCAUUGACAUGGUGAAGACCAUGGCCGAGACUCGAGGCAGAACCAUCGUGCUGAGCAUUCAUCAGCCAGGUUUUAGAAUUGUGAAGCUGUUCAAUUCAAUUCUGUUGUUGGCUAAUGGAUCAGUUUUGCACCAUGGCUCGGUGGAUCAGCUCGGAGUCCGGUUAAGCAUAAUGGGACUUCAACUCCCUGUUCAGGUAAACAUUCUUGAAUUUGCCAUAGAGUCUAUUGAAACAAUCCAACAUCUCCAAUCUUCAAGAAGCCAAUUAGGAGUUCAUCAUCAAGAAACAGGUCAUGUUAUAACUCAACAUUUUUCAUCCACUCUGCAAACUAAAGUUGGCAAGUGCACUUUACAACAACUAUUCCAACAGUCCAGGGUAAUGGAUGAGGAAUUUGUGAUGUUUGAGAAUGUUGGAGUUCCUGAUCUUCCUAUCGGUUUCGCGAAUUCUAGGUUCCAAGAAACCCUAAUCCUCACACAAAGAUUCUCCAAGAACAUUCUCAGAACUAAGGAGCUUUUUGUUUUCAGAACAUUUCAAAUGUUAAUAGCUGGUGUUUUAUUGGGCUCAAUCUUUUAUGACUUAAAAGAUGAUCUGGUUGGAUCUGAGGAGAGGCUUGGUUUAUUUGCAUUUAUUCUGACUUUUUUGCUCACAAGCACAAUAGAAGCCCUGCCUAUCUUCUUGCAAGAAAGAGAAAUCCUAAUGAAGGAAACAUCUUGUGGAAGCUACAGAGUCUCAUCCUAUGCCAUAGCUAAUGGACUUGUUUACUUGCCAUUUCUGCUAGUCCUUGCAAUUCUCUUCACUCUGCCACUGUACUGGCUCGUCGGGCUAAACCCGAGUUUGAUGGCCUUCUGUCACUUCUUGCUACUCAUCUGGCUGAUCCUCUACACAGCCAACUCAGUUGUAGUCUGUUUCAGUGCUCUGGUGCCUAAUUUCAUUGUCGGAAACUCAGUGAUCUGCGGUGUGAUGGGGUCUUUCUUCCUGUUUUCGGGCUACUUUGUGACGAAGAGUGGGAUGCCUAAGUACUGGGUGUUCAUGCAUUACAUAUCUCUGUUCAAGUAUCCAUUUGAAGGGCUGCUGAUAAAUGAGUUUUCAGGGGGAGAAGGGAAGUGUCUGGAGUAUAUGUUUGGCAAGUGCAUGGUGAGAGGCCAAGAUUUGCUAAGAGAACAGGGGUAUGGAGGGGAAAGUAUAUGGAAAAAUGUGAUUAUUAUGGUGUGUUUUAUUUUGAUUUAUAGGUUCGUUUCUUAUGUGAUUCUCAGAUGUAGAUGCUCUCAGAAGGGUCUCAAACAGACUUCUUGUAUGAUAUGAUCAACCCUUGUUUUUGAUUCUGCAAAUUUGUUCAGAUAAUUGUAAUGUAAACUUGGAAAUAAAAAUAUGACUACUUGUUACUGAU